AUGAUGGCUCUGUGCAAGCAGAUCUUGAGCCCUAGAGGUCCCUGGGCCCCGGCCAAGGCGAUGACUCGACUUCAGAGCACCGCCACAAGACCCAACGCCACUCUCGCAACUGAAUUCACCCCACACUCCAAAGCCCCGCGCUUAUCAACGCUCAAAACUGCGAAGCCAUUUUCCGAAUUUCUGACCGAUACCUUUAAUCGCCAGCAUGACUAUCUUCGCAUUAGCGUUACGGAACGCUGCAACCUUCGGUGUUUAUACUGCAUGCCGGAGGAGGGCAUAGACCUGUCACCCUCUGCCAAGCUCCUCACAUCCCCAGAGAUCCUCUAUCUAUCCUCGCUGUUCGUUUCACAAGGCGUGACCAAGAUUCGGUUAACGGGUGGAGAGCCAACGGUCCGAAAGGAUAUUGUACCCUUGAUGCAGGACAUUGGCAAAUUACGGCAGAAUGGUCUUCAGGAACUAUGUAUCACAACCAAUGGAAUCUCAUUGCACCGGAAGCUGGAUCCUAUGGUUGAGGCUGGACUGACGGGAGUCAAUUUGAGCCUUGACACACUGGACCCAUUCCAGUUCCAGAUCAUGACGCGACGCAAGGGGUUUGACGCAGUGAUGAAGAGCAUUGAUCGUAUUCUGGAAAUGAAUAAGGUCGGAGCGGGUAUCAAGCUGAAGAUCAACUGCGUGGUCAUGAGGGGUAUGAACGACCGUGAGAUUCUCUCGUUCGUGGAGCUGGGCCGUGAGAAGCCCAUCGAAGUGCGGUUCAUCGAGUACAUGCCUUUCGACGGGAACAAGUGGAACCAGGGCAAAAUGUUGCCCUACCAGGAGAUGCUGACUCUCAUUCGAUCGAAGUAUCCUACCUUUGAAAAGGUGGCAGAUCAUAAGAAUGACACGAGUAAGACAUACCGUGUGCCUGGAUUCGAGGGACGUGUUGGUUUCAUUACGAGCAUGACACAUAACUUCUGUGGUACUUGCAAUCGACUCCGCAUCACGAGUGACGGUAACCUCAAAGUCUGCCUAUUUGGCAACUCCGAGGUGUCCCUGCGGGAUAUCAUUCGCAAAGAGAAUGGCGGAAAUCCGAUUGACUUGGAUGCGAUGCACGACUUGCAACUACUGGAAACGGUCCAAACUGCAUCCCGUCUCAGCGAUGAAGGAGCCUUGGUCAAUGAGCGAGAGCGUGAGAUUCUCGAUAUCAUCGGCAUGGCUGUGAAGCGCAAGAAGGCGAAACAUGCCGGCAUGGAGCAACUGAAGGACAUGAAAAACCGUCCUAUGAUCUUGAUUGGUGGGUAG